CGACUAAGGAUAGUUUUUUGUUAAAUGCUUUCAUUAUAUUAAAUGAAUAACUUCAUAAAUUAAAUUGAUCGUAUAUUUAUUACAAUGUCAGCGACACAUAGGCAACGCUAUAAAAACACGCCUUUGGAUUCCACGGAAAUGCGCCGAAGGCGUGAAGAAGAAGGUGUCCAGAUUCGUAAGCAGAAAAGAGAACAGCAAUUAAUUAAACGACGUAAUGUUGUUUCCGAAGUACAUCAAUCUGGGAUUGAGGAAGGAGACCAAGAGGUGGAGAUGCAAAGCGGAGUACAUCAAUAUAAUUUAGAUUUGCAAGUUCCACAAAUACUGGGCGAACCAAAUUUUGGAGCUGUUGAUAUUGUAAUUAAAAACGAAUUAAUAGACAAAAUAAAUAGUGAAAGUGAGAUCGAUCAACUGGAUGCUACGCAAAAAUUCCGUAGGCUUUUAUCCCGUGAUCCAAACCCACCGAUAGAGGAAGUCAUACAAAAAGGGAUUGUGCCCCGUUUAGUAUAUUUUCUGGGAAAUAAUUCCAAUGCCUCUUUACAGUUUGAAGCUGCUUGGGCGUUAACUAAUAUUGCUUCGGGUACAUCAAAUCAAACUAAAAUUGUGGUUGAAGCCGGUGCUGUGCCUGUUUUUAUAGAGCUUUUAUUAAGUCCACAUGAUGAUGUUCAAGAGCAAGCGGUUUGGGCUUUGGGAAAUAUUUCUGGAGAUUCGCCAAGUUGCCGUGAUCAUCUACUUAAUUUAGGAAUUUUACAACCAUUAUUGCAUGUGCUGAGCACUUCUAAUCGCUUGACUCUGAUAAGAAAUGCUGUAUGGACACUAUCAAAUUUGUGCCGCGGUAAAAAUCCUCCAGCUGAUUUUUCCAAAAUUGUAAAUGGUCUGCCAAUCCUUGCGCGACUUCUAAAUCAUACCGAUCCUGAUAUAUUAAGUGACGCUUGCUGGGCUAUAAGCUACCUGUCUGAUGGGCCUAAUGAUAAAGUGCAAGCAGUUAUAGAUGCAGGAGUUUGCCGUCGACUUGUAGAACUCCUAAUGCAUCCACAGAAUAAAGUUGUUACCGCCGCACUUCGAGCCGUAGGGAAUAUAGUAACGGGGGAUGAUGUUCAGACACAAGUUAUAUUAAAUUGCAAUGCACUAUCGUGCAUAAGUGUUUUAUUGAAUUCUCCAUUUGAAACUAUUAAGAAAGAGGCGUGUUGGACUAUUUCUAACAUUGCGGCUGGAAAUAGACAACAAAUACAAGCAGUGAUUGAUUCGAAUAUAUUUCCCGUACUUAUAACUAUAAUGCAAAGUGCGGAUUUCAAAACUAAAAAGGAAUCUGCAUGGGCAAUCGCAAAUGCCACCAGCAGUGGAACAGCCGAGCAGAUAAGAUAUUUGGUUCAUGUGGGCUGUAUAGCUCCUAUGUGCGAUUUCCUGACGGUGGUGGAUUCAGACAUCGUUCAAGUGGCUCUGAAUGCAUUGGAAAAUAUCUUGAAGGCUGGCGAAAAAUUUGCUGCGCGACCAAAUCCCUACGCUAUAGCAAUAGAAGAGUGUGGAGGUUUAGACAAAAUUGAGUAUUUGCAAUCUCACGAAAAUCGCGACAUUUAUUGCAAGUCAUUUUACAUAAUUGAACAAUAUUUUAACAACGAAGAAGAAGACUCCCGUGUAGCUCCAACUGAGGAAGAAAUGCAUUACACAUUUAAUCCAAACAUGGCCACUCCCAAAGGCGGAUUUUUAUUUUAAUCCAAGAGCGAUUGGUUUUAAAAUAAAUAUUAUAUAAUGCAUCUGUCGACACUUUAUACUUCCAACACAGCACAUAUUUUUAGUUAUUAUAAUUUACAAAUUCAAUUUUUUCUGGAAAAAAGUUCAAAUAAAUAUCAAGAAUGAUAGAAAUGAGA